UUGCUGUUGUCGUCAGUAGUCUGCUUCGGCAGCGACUUGUCAACAAUUUCGCCGCACAAGAAGAAAGAAAACCAACAUCCUAACCAAAAGCAUCCGGGGAAAUUCGCCAAACAGCCCUGGAGUCAGCAGUGUAUUGUGACUAUAAGCUGCGACAGUGGAUGGACUGGUAUACCUGAUGUCCGCUAUGACGAGGCAGGAAGUUCAGGAGAUGGUGGUGGAGGAGGAGAUGAUGAUGAGGACGGUAUAUCCUUCCUCAAACUUUUUAAUGAUUCCAAAAUAGCUAAUGAGAGUGACAAUGACCAACUAUCAAAGUCCCUGCUCUAUAGCUUUUGCCUUAAAAGUGGUGAACACGAUGUGGUCAAGUGGAGAGCUGUGUUGCAAAAUAGCUUUCUUUAUGUAGAGGUUCCACAUGGAGAGAUUGCUCCUGGAGGCAAAGAGUGUUUUGUAUCACUGCUGGAGUAUGCAGAGGAACAUCUUGACUGCACUCACAUAUUUGUUGGUCUACUCAAGGAAAGAGAAGACAGAGUGAGUCUGAUGCGCACUUUCAUGUUCAUGGGUUUUGAGACAGUGAAGCCAGGUCACGAAUUGUGUCCAGAUAGUCCACACUUCAUCUUUAUGGCUUACACUAUUGAAUAGCAGUUGUGCCCAGGCCUUCCACAGGCUACUGUUUGCAUGCAAUACUUUUACAUUGUACUUAGUUAAUACUAAAUUGAUUUAAAAAUUAAAAUGUCAAGAUUUGAUGUGGGCUCCCCAAAUUUCAUAGUUUAGAGAUAUGAAAGGGGAAAUCUGUGUCUGUUUGGGACAGUACUCAAACCACAUAGACAUUGUAUGGAUUGAGAAAAGAUGGAAAGAGUUAUUUAGCCAUUAAUUUUUACUUGAGUUCGCCAAUUAUUUGGCUUGGUGUAAACUGGUUUUGGAAGCUUGUAGUUGCCUCAAAAAUGAGUGUAAGGUGCUCAUAAAUGUAACACAUUUAACUUUUUCCAUUUCUCAUUACAGACCAUCAAAUGGAAUUUUUUUUAGUAGUCCAUUGUAAGAAAGUGAUUUUGCCUCUUUUGGCAAAAUAUGUUAAGAAACUAUGGGGCUUAUUUGUCCAUAAAUCUGGUAACAGUUUAGUAUUUUACAGUGUGAAUGAUUAUUAGUUAUUAUGCAUGAUAAUUCAACUAUUGAACAGUUUCUAGAGAUUUUUCUUGCUGUAGCUGUAUGGUAGAUUCAAAUGACAGCUUUACUCAUACAGUCCCCCUUUCUCCACCUAGCUACCAUUAGUUGUCUUUCUUUUCGCAAGAAUUAUGAGGGAAAACAUUUUUGUCUUAAACAUAUAGAAGUCUUUGAAAAGACAAUUUGAUAAAUAUUGUUGUUAAGUUUGAUGUGUUGUGGAUGCUCUCAUUAGGUGCAGCUAAGUGUUGUUUUGAUGUAGGCUUGCUCAGUAUUGAUAGGUUGGGGUGCUCAUGGUGAGAUAAUGUCAUGUUGAUUAUGAGUUCAACAAUAAAGUCAUGUGAAUUGGA